UCUUCAAUAAUACCAGAACCAUUAUCAAUAAUGCAACCUUCAAACGACAUAGUGACGUUACAACAACAGCCUUACGUUCAUUCUUGGACGUUACGAGGUUUUCAUGAAUUAGUCAGACUAAUGUCUCCCAACAGUUACCUGUACAGUGACAGAUUUAGAUCUCCAAGAGGUUCAUUUGAUGCAAAUUUAUUAUGUCCUCUCGGAGCUUUGACGAAUGACUUUUCAUGUCCUGUUCAACCUCAUCCUCAACUUCAACCUCACAUACAGCCUCUUUUACAACCUCAUAUACAACCUCAUAUACAACCUCAUAUACAACCUCAUAUACAACCUCACAUACAACCUCACUUACCACCUCACCUUCAAUCUCACCUUCAAUCUCACCUUCAAUCUCACCUUCAACCUCACCUUCAACCUCACCUUCCUUCUCAACCUCAAUUAACAACUCCUAGUUUCUCAUGUUGUCAAAUGAAUCGUAGACAAAGAAGUAACUCUUCACUUUUGAAUGACGAUUCCGCUUAUCUAUGGCGUAUGAGGAUUUAUCCUAACGGUUAUGGUUCGAGAAAAACUAGUGCAGGUCACAGUCACAUUUCCAUAUACCUAGAGGCAAUCCAAACACUUUUUGAAAAACAAAAUUUUUUUUUUAAACGAAGUGUUCAAUUCAAAUUUUCACUUUAUCGUUUAAUAAAAAAUUCUCAAUCAAAUUCUCCAUUAAAUAAUCAAUCAUCAAGUAGAUCUGAUUAUCAUAGUUCAUCAACUUUUUCAAGAAAUAAUUCUUUAUUAAAUCAAGAUUCUUCAAAAGAACAUCCUGAAUUAAUUUAUGAAGGUACUUUACAAAAAUGGAAUUUCGAAUUUAAUGGUAUAAAUACUACUUAUGGUUUCCCAACUUUAGGAACUUUUCAUGAUUUAUUUCCUUUUGAUGAUAUAAACAUUCAUGAAGUUGAUUUAGUAGUUCGUGUUCAUAUUUUUAAUUAUAAUUUACCUCAUUUUUCGGAUUUUUGUAAUGGUUGUUUUUCUUCUGAUAAUU